AUGUCCUACUCAGGCUCCCGCUACCGCCCCUCCGGGCGCCAGGUAGCCGCACCCGAUGACUCCAGGUCUAGACACCCAGCCUCAUCGCACCACAACGCACCCAGCAGAACCUCCCAGCCCAGCGGCGGCCGCGGUCACGACGACCGCGCCCGUUCCUUCCCAGCAGAUGCCUACCUCGGGUACAGCUCCGACGGCGACGACGACGACGACAACUACUACUGCAGCUCAUCCGGCAGAGCCCCUGGCGGUAGCAGCAGCAGUCAUCGUGACCCCGGCCAUGGCCGUAGCCGCAGCUACGGAGGCUACGAUGACUACGACGCUGAUGAGUCCGACCGCGGCUACGGUCGUGGUCCUAGUACCCAGUCCCGCGUUCCUCAAAAUGAUCAUCACGGAGGAGGACGCAACCACCCCUCUUCUUCGUCUUCCCACCGCGACCAAGCCCGGGACCACCGAGACGACGAGCGCUACUACGCCCCUAGCGGCUCAAGCAGCUCUGGCCGACACCAUGACCGUGACAGUGGCUAUGGCCGUGACUAUGGCCGUGAUUCAGGACCGGGUGGUCCCUCGUCACGCCACGGCGGCGAGGAUAUGCGCGGAGGAGAUCCGAGAGCGUCGGAGAGUCGCCGCGAGAUACCGUUUCGGUAUGUGAGCCCGUUUGAUCUGGGUUUUGGCGGCGGAUCGAGAGAGCGUGGCGGUGGUGGUGGCAGGAGUGAUCCUUUUGCUGAGGAUUGGGACUUUCCGUCGCGUUCCUCUGGUCAUCGACGCUCGAGUGGGAGGGAUGAUGGAUGGUUUUCUGAUGGGGAGUCGGAUUGGAGUGAUGGGUUCUGGUGAGGAGACGGGAAAGAUGGGUGAAAUAUGUGGCAUGGCUAGAGGUAUCUGCCUCUAGGUAAGGAAGGAAAACUUGGGAAGAUGAAAAGGAAGGAAGUGCAGAGGAGGCAAAGAGGGAAUAAUGGGAGUGGACACAUUCUAGAACGAGAAUAGAGUUGUUGACAGAGAUUGACGCUUGUGCUCCCAUUUUCGAAAAGGGGAACCAUUACUGCUUUUUAUAUUAUCCAGUGACACUACUGAUUACUAUUCAAUGAUCUUACCAUCGACUAUUUGAUGGUGA